GGCAUUAGGAGUUGCAGAAGUAGCGGAUUUAAAAACUUUCUGUCUGCAAGUCUGUUCGUCGAAAUAGCACUUCACCAAGAGUCCCUGCCAUCCAAAAGGGGAAAAUAUGGCUUUUUAAAAAAUUGUGACUGUCUUCCUCGUCGUCGAAAAAGCUCCGCGUGCUUUGCUCCUGCAACGCACUUCACAAGACUAAGUCAGAAACUAUGGGGUCUUCAGGUGUUUCCACAACUCUAUCAUCCAGCCAGUGCACGCUUUGUGCUUUUGAACAAUUCGAUCGAAGCAGACGACACAAUGGCGGCAUCGAUCCUUCGCAGGAAAAUUCCUCCCAUUUCCACAGGCGAGCUCGGCGAUCUCCCUCACCGACAGGCUAGCCACAGCCAAUCACGGUCCGGGACGGGGGCGGAGCCAGUGGAGAGGCAGCACUUAAUUGGUGAUGGUCACUCAGAUUGGAUGACGGAAAAAGUUGAUUUGUCUUCAUUUGUGUCAACAAGCGAGUCUUCUCCAAGCUCAUCCCUUCCACCCUCACCGUUAGAACAAGAUGUCAAGGUGCCCUCAGACCUGGAGGUCAUGACCUCUCUAUUGCAGGAGGAGCUGGCUCAGCUGGAGGACUACUUCCGCUCAGAGUCCACAUCCACAACAAACAAGUUGGAGAAAUCCUCAAAAUGUGACAAGGGUGCUCAAGCCAUGGGCUCCCAGUCUUAUUAUCAGUUACCCUAUGGCUCGUAUGGGACCAGCCAAUCAGAAACCAGCCCUGUGGUUGUUACCUUGGCAACAGGGGAACUGGACCUGGCCAGCUUCUGUGGCGGUCCCAUCGGCAGAACCAAAAUAGCGCGACCGGCGCCGUACAACUACCACCACCGCUACCACCACCACAACAAUGGGCGAAGAAUAAUUAGUGAGGCUGUGAAAGUCGGGGAGGAAGUUGGACUUGAUACUUGGGGCUCCAGGGGAAGUUACUCAGGAAGCACAGAGUUGUCUGUGAACCACUACUCCACACUGAAGACAGUGAGCAAGAACAGCCUCGGAAGUGUGAAGAAGGUAAGAGAAUGUGCUUUAUCGUUGAAGGAAGAGGAGAGUUAUUGUUUUUCGGAAGGAAUGUUUUGCAGCGAAGAGAUUGCUCGGGGCUUUUGCCUUGGUGGCUCGUACGACAGCCACCACAAGCGAGAGGGACAAUUGAUGCACAACGUGAAGGUCAAUGUAAGUUACGACAGUACGGGGCUCGAGGUCUUGCACUGCAGCAAAGAUGGAGGACUUUCUGGGAGUAUUCCCCAAGAGACAAUGGUGGCCGGUGACGGCUACUUCCACCAGUCCAUGGCCAGCACAGAGCCUUACCAUAGCUUUAUAGGUGACCUAGAUCAGCCGCCACAAGCACAAGCUGUAGAGCCCCAACACGGCCACUACCUCUAUCCAGAAUGCCUUGCAGACCAAAGCUAUGAAUGUCUGUCCAGAGGGGAGGGCGAUGGACCGUUGAUGGGAGCCCCCAUUCACCGCCCCACCCAGAGGCUAAAGGAUGAGCCCUGCUCUGUUAAACCAGCUGUGGUGGUGGGCGCCUCCAUGGAGGUGAACACUGGAGAGAGGAAGCAGAAGAAGAGAGACCAGAACAAAACUGCUGCUCACAGGUACAGGCUGCGUAAGAGGGCGGAGCUGGACUCUCUGGAGGAGGAGCUCCACGGCCUCGAGGGACAGAACCGGGAGCUCCGAGACAAGGCGGAGUCGGUGGAGCGAGAAAUCCAGUACGUCAAAGAUUUACUCAUCGAGGUCUACAAGGCUCGCAGUCAGCGGCUCAAACAAGACGGCAGUGCCUAAAAAAGAAAAAAAAAGAAAACAAACAACAACAACAACACCCACGCUGACCUCACCUCCAAAACCCCCCCGACCAGCACCGAGAAGAGAAGAAAAAAAUCAAGAGCACUAACUGGUUUUUUUGUCUCAUGAAAAAUGAAAAAAUGGUAGUUGCAUGAUUUUGGUAGUUCUUUUCUAAACAAAAAAAAACAAAAAACAACCACAAAUAUAUAUAUAAUUGUUCUGAGAGAGGAUGGCCGAACAAAAAAACACCUUUCCUUAAAUGAAAAAAAACUGAGGAAAAAGGAGAUGUUUUCCAAAAAUGGGUGACUAAAACUAUAACAAGCCUUAGUGAGGUGGCUUCAAGAGGAGAUGCUGAACUUGUCCGUGACCACUGUGAUCUGAACUGCACUCACAGCCUUGUUGAUGACUGAGUCUGCGCUUGCAAUGAUCGACCGUUUACAUAAAAAAAACAAACCAUAAUGAUAAUAAUCUGCUCUUUGAAUUUUAAUAGUAGUGAUUGAAUUUUUUGCUUGUGGUUUUUUUGUGACACACACACACAAACAGACACGCACACGCAUCGGCAGCAUCGAGGCAGACCCCCACGCUAUAAUAUAUAUUUUAUUUUUUAAUUUUUACUUAAUAAUAUUUCAUUUAUCUUUUUAUUUUUGUUGUUUGUUUUUUUUGUUGCUUCGAGACAAAUCAAAAAUGAAUAAAAGGGAAUGGCUGGAGAGAAAAAAAAAAGUGUGUAACAUGCUCUACGAAUAUUUAUCACCAGAAGACGUUUUAAAGAAGAAUUUGUAUUGCUAAAAAUGUUGAGUAUUUACACUUCCUUACCCCUCCAACACUGAAAUACCCAAUGCAUGUUUGAUUUUGGAUUUAUUUUAAAAAGCAUGUGCGAGUGUUAUUUGAAGGCAAUAUUCUGUUAAACUGCAUGGCUUCAAGAUCUCCACCGCGUCAAUCUUAACUGAGUUGACUUUUCUGAGUUUUUUUCCUCCUCCCUUCCUUCCUUCCUUCUCCGCCCCGCCAGUGUGAUUCAUGCUCAGGUUUUUGGUUUUCUUUCUCUGAGAGACACAGAAACAUUCACUGGCUUAUUUUCCCCCUCCUCUUUUCUUUUCUCUCUUUUCUCUAAACUCUCGGCUGUAUUUUGCGAACAAACAAUCACCUGUCGACAACAAUAAAUCGUUGUCGGGGUAACGGUACGACUUCAUGGGAGAAAUUUUGUUUUACUUUUAUGGGUUUUUUCAAUUGAUCAAUUUGAUGUAUCUGAAAUUCAGGUCCUUUUAUGAAUGAAUCGAUGUCAAUGUGCAGGAAAUUAUACAUCAGGUAAAUUACAGCCAAAUAAACCAGUUAUGUUAUGUAUCAUUCAUCUCUGCCUUCGGACUUGUUUUUCAUUUGCAACGUCCAUCACGCAUUCAUCUCCUACCCUCCACCCCCACCCAACCCAACCCCCACCCCUCCGCUUGCCUUUAAAGCGCCUCGCAACAGUUGUCUAAAAUGACACGAAGCGCACCCAGAACAGCACACACGCUGAAUAGAAAGAGGAGGGUGGGAUUAAGAGAUAGAAGGGGAAGAGAUGUGGAAUAAAACUCCCACCCACCCCACCCCCCCUUGCUCUGCCCCUCCCUCUGUUUCAGUGCCGUGCUACCAUAACUGCUAAAUCCAGCCUUCUUAUUUUGGCUGCAUUGCAGUUAAAAAGUCCUGACUUGUUUUCUUCAGGAUUCACUGCUGGACGGCAGCACAUGAAGGAAGCCAGGCUGAUUGACAGCUGACCGUUCUGCAGUUAAAACCUAAGAUUUUCACCUAUGAUUGAGUCAACUUGUGCAAACAGCCACACACAUACACACACACUCACAUGCAAUGAGGAACAUUAUGUAGAAAUACUACCAAGCAUUUUGUCCUGUUACAAUAUUUGGCCAACUUUG